AUGCGGCUGCGAAGGAGCUCAGUACGGCUUUUAGCGCUGAUUUCCAGCGCCCUGCUGGUUUGGGUCGUGGCUGCCGGUGUUGAAAAGCCAAGCAUUGCUGUUGAUGAGGAUGGAACGCUCUUUAUCAACGCCACCAAUCGGGUGGUGCUCAAUGGUGUGGAUGUGGUGGCCAUGUUAAAGACGAUUGUGCCCGCGGUGGUCAAAACGAGCCCAGAGAUUAUUUUCAAAGCGCAUGAACACCACACCAUCACGACUAACGCUCUCCUUGCACGCUCGGUGCAUGCAACCGAUCUGGACAACGACGGCCAUAUCGACAUUCUCAGUGCCAGCUACCAGGACGACAAGAUUGCGUGGUACCGCAACAAUGGUAACGGCACCUUUUCAACGCAGAAAGUCAUUACCACAGACGCCGAUGGAGUUCACUUGGUAUAUGCCGCUGACCUGAACCAGGAUGGCCUUGUCGAUGUCCUCAGCGCCAGUCAGAAAGACAACAAGAUUGCGUGGUACCGCAACAAUGGCGGCGGCUCCUUUUCCGCACAAAUCGUCAUUUCCACAGACGUCAGCGAUGCAUUCUCGGUCUAUGCGGCAGACCUGGACAACGACGGUGAUCUCGACGUCCUCAGUGCCAGCCUCUACGACCACAAAAUUGCGUGGUACCGCAACAACGGUGACGGCACAUUUUCAACACAAAUCGUCAUCACCACAAACGCUGUUUAUGCGCGCUCGGUAUAUGCGGCGGAUUUGGACAACGAUGGUCUGAUCGACGUUCUCAGUGCCAGCGCGCUUGACGAAAAGGUUGCAUGGUAUCGCAACAAUGGCGGCGGCUCUUUUUCAACACAAAAAGUCAUCACCACAGACGCAGACGAUGCGCGCUCAGUAUACGCAGCGGACCUAGACAACGACGGCUAUAUCGACGUCCUCAGCGCCAGUGCUCACGACAACAAGAUUGCCUGGUACCGCAACAACGGCGACAGCUCCUUCUCCACACAGAUUGUCAUUUCCUCAAACGCUUCCCAGGCCGACGCAGUGUAUGCGGCAGACCUAGACAACGACGGCUAUAUUGAUGUCCUCAGCGCCAGUUCUAAAGACAACAAGAUUGCGUGGUAUCACAACAAUGGUCGUGGCUCCUUUUCAACACCAAUUGUCAUCACCACGAACGCCGAAAAAGCAAGCUCGGUGUUUGCGGCGGACUUGGACAAUGACGGCGACCUCGACGUCCUCAGCGCCAACGAGAACGAGAACAAGAUUGCGUGGUAUCGCAAUCAGUUGAGUCAAUUACUUUUUCAGGAGUAG